CUGAGGACAGCGCUUGUGACGUCUCCCGGGUUGCAGCCGGUUCAGCAGUGGAGACCUUGUCUCCACCCCUCCCCGGUUUGAGUCGCCCCGGCAACCAGGAGCUCAGCCAAUCAGCGCGCCGCCGGAGCCAUGUCUGUCAGGAAAGCACUGGUGGUACUGGCGCACUCAGAGAGGACGUCCUUCAACUGUGCUAUGAAGGAGGCCACUGUAGAGGCUUUGAAGAGGAAAGGAUGGGAGGUCAUUGUGUCGGAUCUGUAUGCCAUGAACUUCAAUCCUGUCAUCUCCAGAAAGGACAUCACAGGUAAACUGAAGGACCCCGGGAACUUUCAGUAUCCUGCCGAGUCUGUUCUAGCUUAUAAAGAAGGCCGUCUGAGCCCGGAUAUUGUGGCUGAACAAAAGAAGCUGGAAGCGGCAGACCUGGUGAUUUUUCAGUUCCCACUGCAGUGGUUUGGGGUCCCUGCCAUCCUGAAAGGCUGGUUUGAACGCGUGCUCAUAGGGGAAUUUGCUUACACGUAUGCUGCCAUGUAUGACAAGGGACCUUUCCGGAAUAAGAAGGCAGUGCUUUCCAUCACCACUGGUGGCAGCAGCUCCAUGUACUCUCUGCAGGGUAUCCACGGGGACAUGAACAUUAUUCUCUGGCCCAUUCAGAGUGGCACUCUGCAUUUCUGUGGCUUCCAAGUCUUGGAACCUCAGCUGACGUAUAGCAUUGGCCACACUCCCGAGGAUGCCCGAAUUCAGAUCCUGGAAGGAUGGAAGAAACGCCUGGAGAAUAUUUGGGAUGAGACGCCGCUGUAUUUUGCUCCAAGUAGCCUCUUUGACCUAAACUUCCAGGCAGGAUUCUUAAUGAAAAAGGAGGUGCAGGAUGAGCAAAAAAAUAAGAAUUUUGGCCUUUCUGUGGGCCAUCACUUGGGCAAGCCCAUCCCAGCGGACAACCAGAUCAAAGCUAGAAAAUAAGAUUCACAAGACCUGCUUUCCUUCUAAAAUGUAGGCAAAUCUAGGUUUCUUUUUCAAGCUUCUUUGACUUGCUUGCUUCUUUAAGAUGAUUGGUGUUUUUCCUUUUCCCAUGCCAACAGGAGAGAGAACAGACUGUAUUCAUAAAUAUAACUGGUUCUUACGAUUGCUAUCAUGGCAAAAUCUGAUUCGGCUCAAGAGGCCUCUGAGGAUAAUGAAGACAGGAAAGGUAUAGAAAGAUGCCAGACAGUGUUCUUUAAGGUCCUCAGCACAAUUUAAUCCCUCUCUUUAAGGAUAUAUUUUUAGGAGUAAAUCUGGCUAGAGAGCACCCAACUUCUCAAUUAUCUAUUUUUCUUUUAAUUACCUCUGUGUGGUUCAUGGCAGAAGGGAAUUGCUCAGAGAAAGAGAUGACGGAAUCUGAUCUAAGGGGCUUGUUUAAUAGUUACUACUCUACGCUUACUUGUGAUAUAUAUUGGCUUUAAUUACUACACAGUGACUAUUAUUCCUAAUAUGAGUGUCAGCCUUCCUUCAACUUUUGUUGUUAGUAUACAAUCCACAUAGAUACCUUGAAAUGAAAAGCUAAUAAAAAUCUUUUAACUCAA